AGACUUGAUGCAGCUUACAUAUUGUCAGGAAACUUUAAGCGCUAACUUUAAGCGCUAACUUUAAGCUACUAACUUUCAAAGACUUGGGGCUUCGUCCUGGCCGGAUUUUCUCGACUGUCUGACAGCAGUCCUUCUUCAUUUCUUAGAGAUAUGCUCGGCUCCAAAGCCAAACUCUAGCUGCUGUGGGCCCUGACGGGCCUCAAGUGACCGGGCAGAAUGCAGCAGGGCCCCGUGCUGGUUCUCGUCGCCCAUUCGGGGCGUACGCUGCAGCUUGAUGUCACGACGACGACGCAGGUCGCGCUCGUGCAGCACGCGCUGGUCUCGUUCACCGGGGUUCCCGUAGCGGACCAGAUAGCGAUGUACCAGGGAGCUCGGCUUGACCCAAACAAGCCGCUGGCCGCGUAUGGACUCCCGAAGGACCCUGCCACGGGGUCUGUGGAGGACCACCCCGUGUUUUUGUACUGCCGCUCCUACCUGAAGCCCGGGGCCGCGCUGCCGCCGCCGGAGGCGCUGCCGCAGAUCCAAGUGCAGGUGCCGCCGCUGGCGGAGGUGAACCUUGCGCACCCGCUGCACGCCGCCGCCAGCCCGCUGGUGCGCGCGCUGCCGGACUACGAACGCCACUUCACACACCACCUGGCCACCACACGCGCGUACUGGGACGUGGCGCAGGCGCGGUUGGCGCGCUGCCGGCAGCUGCUGAGCGAACAGGAGGUGCAGGCGCGCGCGGCGGACGCGGCGCGGGCCAACGUGGAGGCGCACUACAACUACAUCCUCACGGCCUAUCAGAACUUCCUGGACAAGUACAACGCGCAGCACGCGGCGCACGCGCUGCUGCUGUCCACCUUCCCCUCCGACCUGGCGGCGCUGGAUUCCAUGGAGCUGCACCCCACACUGCAGGCGCCGGCGCAGCAGCAGCAGCACCAGCAGCGGCAGGGCCAGCAGCAGGGAGAGCAGCAGCAGCAGACGGGGCAAGCAGGAGUAGCAGACGGGGCCGCGAGCCCGAGUGCAGGCGGCGCAGCCGAGCAGGCCGUUCCGCCCGCGCCGCCCGCGCCGCCACAGCGACGGCUGGGUGACCUGUACCCGGUGGCCCGACUGCGGGAGUGGGCGGACACGUGCGCGCGCAGCCACGCCAGCUUCGGCGGCAAGGUGGGCGAGCUGGAGGCGCUGUUCCAGGCGCUGCGGCGGGACGUGGAGGCGCUGUUCAUGCAGGCCCCCAGUGUGGACCUGGACGCGCUGGGUCGGCGCAUGACGGAGUGCGAGGGGCUGUUGGACGAGCACAGCAGCAUGGUGCAGGUGCUAUCCAAGGACCUGCGCACGGUGCGCGCGCUGGUGGAGGACGUGGUGCGGCAGCUGGGUGCGGCGGGCGGGGCCGGCAGCAGCGGCGCGGCGGCGGCGGGCGGCGGCGGCAUCAAGCUGGGGGCGCUGCAUGACGCGGCGGCGGCGCUGGAGGCCAUCCACGAGACGCACCGCAACCGGGUGCUGCCGCGGCUGGCGGCCCUGGACUCACAGCUGGCGGAGUUCGCGCAGGCGGCGGAGGCGAGCAAGGUGGCCAUGAGCGCGGACGUGCUGGGGCAGCUGCAGCGCAUCAGCGGCCAGCAGUCGCGAAUCCGCGACAUGAAGAACAAGUUGGCGGCCUUCAACGAGGUGCUGGCCAGGCAGGACGCAGCCUUCAGCGAGCUCAAGGUCGUGCACAGGCUGCCCGCCGCCUACCGCGCGCUGCUGGCCGAGGUGGUGCGGCGCGGCGCCUGGCAGCAGCUGUACUGCGGCCAGGCGGGGCGGCUGGCAGAGCACAUGACGCGGUUCCGGGAGAAGGAGGCGGCGCGGCGGGCGGCGUUCGGGAAGGAGGUGGCGCGGUACCUGCCCACGGAGCUGCUGACGCGCGCCGGCUUGGCAGCCGAGCCGCCGCACUGCCAGGUGACGGUGCCGCCGCCCGCCGUGCCGCUCAUAGCCGUGGGCCUGCCCGACCUGCAGCGCCUGUCGUACCUGGACGAGCGGAUGGCCGCCAGCAGCAGCCUGCGAGCCGCCACCGCGGCGGCAGCAGCAGCAGGCGGCGCGGGCGCGGGUGCAGGCGGCGGCGGUGGCGGCAGGCCGCCGCACGCGUCGCACCACCAUCAUCACCCACACGGGCAGCACCAGGGGCACGGGCGGCACGGGCCGUCGCAGUCGCACCACACGCAGCAGCACGGGAGUCGGAGCGCGGCGGCGGGUGGGGCGGGCGCGAUACCGGGAACGGUGGCGGUGCUAGAUGCGGACCCGCCGCCCCCUGCAGACCCCGUGCAGGCUCUGGAGAUGGAGAACGCCCGGUUGAGAGCCGAGCUCGCCAACCACAUAGCUGCGGCGUGCGUACGCGAGCUGGAGAGCAUGCAGCAGCCGACCACGCCCGCCACCCCCGCCCGACAGCAAUCCACGGACUCUUCCACUGGCACCCCUCCCGCCUCAGCAGCAUCAGCAUCAGCGGCUCUGCAGCUGCCGCAGCGCGUGCCGUCAUCUGGCGGCGGGGCAGCUGCCAGCGGCGCAGCCUCACCGGCGGCCGGCUCGGCGCCGGCGCGGCGUGACCCCGCGGAGCUGGUGGCGGCCAUGCAGCGCGCACUGGCGAUGAAGGAUGACCUCAUACGGCAGCAGCAGCGCGAGUCGGCGACGCUGUCGGCGCGAGCCGCAGCCUAUGAGGAGCGGAUCGCAGCGCUGGAGGCACUGCUGGCGCGGCAGGCAUCAUUGCCUGAGGCGGCAGUUGCGGGUGGCAUUGGCAGCGGCCGCAACAGUUUGCACGGGGCAGAGGGUGCAGAUGCGGCGGCUGCGGCUGGGGAUGCCGUGUACGGUUCAGCGGCGGAGGAUGGUGUGGUGGUGGAGCGGGCUGUGUCAGGGCCGGGGCUGUCGCCGCUGCCCAGCGGCGUGGAGGUGGUGGAGGCAGCGACAGAGCUGGCACGGUCCGGGGCAGCGGCAGUGGAGGAGGGGGCGGGCACAGAUGCGCUUGCGGCCACACGCGGCGGCGACACCAGCAACUCCGUGGAACUGGUGGAGCGAGAGGAGGCGGUAGGGGCGGAGGACGAGGCGGCGGGGAUGGCGGAGGUAGGCCAGGAGAGUGCGGAAGGUGAGCUAGCGGCUGAGGCUGAGGCUGUGUGGGCGCCUGCCCCGGUCCCCGUAGCACCGUCGCCCUUCGCGCUGGCGGCCGUUCAGGACGCCCCGCAGCCGGAGGGCCCCAUCGCCGCCGCCGCGCUGGCGGCCGCGGCCGCAGCGGCAGCUGCGACCGCUUCGGCCGCAGCUUCGGCCACCGCCUCCGCAGCCCCCAGCCAGCCAGCCUCCCGGCGCACCUCUAUCGACAAGUCCAGGGCUCUCGCGGUGGUUGCUCUGGAGGGCCGGGCCCGGACCCAGAGCGCCAGCUUCACAGACGCUGCCUCUUCUGUUGCGGCCGCCAUUGCCCGGCACGCGGCGCUGGCGCCGGUGCGCGGCACCUCCGGACCGCAGGCCAUCCCUGGGCGCACUACUGGCGGUAAUGGCCCGGCGGCGGCUCAUGCCAGCCCAGGCGGAGCCGGCCGCUACGGCGGCUCGUGCAUGCCCAUGGCCAUUGGCUCGUUGCCGUUUGCAACAUCGCUACCAGCGGCCUCGCUGCUGCCCGGCUCCGUCAUUCCGGGCGGUGGAGGCGGCCGACUGGAUGCGUCGCCGAGUGGUGGCAUUGGUCUGGGACUGGCGCUAGGGUUUGGCCUGGGACCUUUGACGGAGGCGACGGAGCAGCGGCGGCAGCGCAGCGGGGUACUAGCAGCAGCUGAUGGUGCCGGUCGGGGCGGUGUGACGGCGGAGGCGGCCGCGCAUGGAGGGAGCCAGGACGACGAGGACACCGAGGAGGGGGCUGGCGCUCUCAGCACUCGCAGCAGCAUGAGCGGCGGUAGCAUCAGCGCUAGCGGCAGCUUCUGCCGCGCCGCUUCUGCAGCCGCGGGUGAGGGCGAAGGCGGUCGCGCCGCGGAGGAUGGAGAGCGGGCCGGCGGCGCGGUCGGAGAUGGCUCACCGGUGGGCGGCUCCAGCAGCAGCAGCAGUAGUGCGCUGCAGUUCCGGCCGUCCUGGUCGGGCACGACGGCGGCAGCGGGUGUGUCUGCACCCGCAAGUGGCGAGGAGGGCCAGGGCCAGAGCCAGGGUGACGGCAAAGCAGGCGAGCAGGCGCAGGCGCAGGCGCCGCUGCCGGGCCUGGCGGAUGAUGUGGAGCGGGCUGCGGACGCGGGUGCAGCACCAGAGUCGGCUGAGGGCGCGGGUGCGGCCGCCCUGGCCGGCGGUGAAGGCCUGCAGGCCGCUGCUGGCCGCCACCACGACGGCGGCGGUCAGGCCCAUGACAUGAAUGGAGAGGAGUCAGACGACGCAGAGGCUCCCGACAUUGACGAGGUCAUUGACAGCGGCGGCGCCUCGGGGGACGCGGCGGGGCCUGGUGCCAUGGAGCUGGUGCAGGAAGGGGAGGCGGAUGCUGCAAGCGGGUCGGAGGCGGAGGUGGCAGACGCGGUGGUUGCUGAGCCUGCAUCGUCAGGUUACGAGACGGUAGGAUCGGUUGCUGACGAGUCGGCCUAGAGCGUCGGGCUUAGAGCGACUAGAGUUUUUGUAUGAGUAUUCUUCGCGAGGUUGAGGGCGCUUGUACUGCGGGUUACCGUGUGGUAGCGUUUUGGCGUGUUCCUUCUUAUUCUUGAGUGUCAAGUACCGUAGUGUGGGGCGUUAGUUCAGAGGGUGCAAAUGCACAGCCUGAUGUUGCAGUCAAUAGCGAGGCCGGACGGACUCUUGGAAAGGUGGGUGGCUCUAUUUUGGGGCCACAAUGUUUUGGGAGGUUAAGAAUGCAAAGACAGGGCCGGGCGUGGUGAACGGCGGAUACCGUGAGCUUAAGGUAAUGGCUCAGAGCGAAGAAUGAGCGGUGGCGCGCGUUCCAAACGCUGCUGUAGUAGCGGCUGUGCGGGAAGAGAUGGAAGGCAGGGGAGCAAUCAAGCAUCGGCAGCGACGAAAGGGGAGCUGUGCUGGCGUACGUAGUCCGGCGUCCGUGGGCACUGGUUGCCUCAGUUGUGACUGUUCCGGUCUGCGUGUGUGCGCGGGGCCACAUGCUCGUGUGGUAGCUUGCUAGGCUGUCUGUUACGGUACCCCCCGCCGCACGUGUGGUAUUUCGCCCCAAGGACUCUGUACGCGUCGCGGCAUGAGUGCGGAAUGAACCGAACACUCGCUUGACGGGGGUUGGCAGCGGCGGCAGUCUUGUCUUUGUAGCCAUGUAGGCGCUUCAAGAGGUAUUCAAGAGGAUUUGGGUUGAAGGAAUAUUAACGCGUGACAUCUGUGUGUGAGUGUGUGUGUGCUGUUGUGUGUUGUCAGAGGCCUGUGGCCAUCGACAUGGACUGCAACGCUGUUUGCUCAGCCGUUACCCUGACCCCAACCAACCGGAUGCGCAUCCUCUCCAUAGUACCUGAUUGGCUUCCAACUCCCACUGUACCGUAUAACGCCUAGAUGCGCAACAUUAGUUGCUCAGUCACACUUUGGGAGUGACUUGGCUGUGAUGCAACAGGUUGUACGAUUGCGGGGUGUACCAUACAAGGCCGCGGACUCGUGACGAGGAGGGCGCGGCAGUUGGGGCUUGUGUGUACUUUGGUAAAGGGAAAUGAGGACACAAGCAUGCAGUAGUGGGAGUGUUGGAAAGUGAAGAGGCGGCGCAGGUAGGCAACGACCGCGCUGUCCCCCGCCUCCCUCAGUGCAAUGCCAUUCGAGGUUGUAUGUGUGUUGUGCAGCGGAAGGCUGGAAGAGGAUGGAGAAGGCAUGAGAGUACAGCAAGAUGCUUUUGUCAGUGCAAAAAGUGUUGGUAGCGGUUUAUGGGGCCGUCCUGCAUGAUGCAGGUGUGUGGCCUGGGCCCACUAGCUGCGCACAUUCGUUUGAAUGUGUGGGAUUGCAAUGUGAGGCUGUAACUGCAGGGGUUGGAACGGCUGCCCGGGCGUUGCCCACGCUGCGGGCGAGGUGACAUUGCUGCACACGGCCGGACGGUUCGUGGACGGGAAGUGUGAGACGGUGCAAUGUACUCUCUCACCAGCAGGCGCCAACUCGCAGGGCUAACAUCUUCGGGGAGCGGCAAGAAACGGGCCCCAAUGCAAGCCCUCGGGCAAGUAAGAUUGGGCAUUUCCGGGGUUGCAUUCUCACCGCAUGGGGCUGCGUACGGUGUUUGAAUCUCGCCAACUACCCCUUCCCGGGGCCCCGAGCCCCUGGACGCCGCGGGCGAGACCGUGGUUAGGGCCCUUCUGAUGCCAAGACGACGCUGUCGUGUCAUUCUGCCGGUUAUGA